AUUACGAGGCUAUGAGGGGUGCUACCUGUUUUGCAUAGGUUCUCACGCAAUCAAAAAAAGUCACUAAAUACCUGUAGCCAGUGAAACACACCUAGCUUUGGACGUAGGUGUUUGUAGGUGUGGGGUAGCUGGUUUUCUUUGGUGGUUUUAUUUUCUGGAUUGCUGUUCCUUUAGGGUGGAUUUCUUUAUUCGAGGUGCGUUUAGAGUAGUUUUUCUUUCCUAUCCUUAACAUGACGACGAAUACAGACAACUUGGUGGUGUUAUUUACCACAACAUCUGGUGCGAGUGGGGAUUUACUGGGGUCAGACGAAAAGGAACUCAUUCAGUUGGUGUGGCAGGUUGUGGACCUGGCGAACAAGAAGACGGGGAAACUAAAUGAAGUUUUCAUCAGACCUAAACAUUUGGAAUUGACGGACGAAUGUAAAGAAGAAAGUGGGGUUGCCGAGGAAACCAUCUCUUCAGCCGAACCUUUGGAAAAUGCGUUAAAUCAGUUUAAUGAAAGGCUCAUUGCUGAAGUGAAUGGGGCUUCCCUCUGUUUAUGCACUGAUGGUCAGCUUCAUAUUCGUCAAGUUAUUCACCCUGAAGCUUCAAGCAAGAAUAUCAUGCUGCCAGAAUGUUUCAAUUCCUUUUUCGACCUGCGAAAAGAAUUCAAGAAAAACUUCUCAUCAGCAGAUUUGAAGGACCUAGACAUUCAAGUCAUGGCAGAUCAUCUGAAUAUAACCACAGAAUCAUCAGCCAUUACAUCUGCAGCAAUGAAUGUCCAGACUAUGGCCAGCAUCAUCCUUGCACUUAUCUCAGAUCCAGUCUGUUACAAUUUCACCCAUCCCGAGAGAGUCAAUGAAAAAUUUGAAACUGGCACUUGCAGUAAGAUGGAGAGAGUGGAUGACAACACAGUGAUCCGGGCUCGUGGUCUCCCCUGGCAGUCCUCAGACCAGGACAUUGCCCGUUUCUUCAGGGGCCUCAACAUCGCAAAAGGUGGAGCAGCACUGUGUCUUAACGCCCAGGGCCGGAGGAAUGGAGAAGCCCUGGUUCGGUUUGUGAGCGAGGAGCACAGAGAUCUAGCACUGCAGAGACACAAGCACCACAUGGGGAACCGAUACAUAGAGGUAUACAAGGCAACCGGUGAAGACUUUCUCAAAAUAGCAGGAGGCACGUCAAACGAGGUGGCUCACUUCCUGUCUAAGGAGAACCAGAUCAUCGUGCGCAUGCGAGGCCUCCCCUUCACUGCCACGGCUGAGGACGUGCUGCUGUUCUUCUCUCCCUCCUGCCCCGUCACCGGGGACAAGGACGGCAUCCUCUUCGUCAAGUACCCCGACGGCCGGCCCACCGGGGAUGCCUUUGUGCUCUUCUCCUGCGAGGAGUACGCCCAGAACGCCCUCAAGAAGCACAAGGAGAUCCUGGGGAAGCGCUACAUCGAGCUGUUCAAGAGCACAGCGGCUGAGGUGCAGCAGGUAUUGAACAGGUACACAUCGGCCCCACUCAUCCCCAUCGCCCCUGCUCCCAUUAUGCCCGUGCUACCUCAGCCCCCCUUCGUCCCCCCGCCGGGCGUGCGGGACUGCAUCCGUCUGAGGGGGCUCCCAUACAUCGCCACCAUUGAGGAUAUCCUGGAGUUCCUGGGGGAGUUCACCGCUGACAUCAGGCCCCAUGGUGUCCACAUGGUGCUGAAUCAACAGGGCCGGCCCUCUGGGGAUUCCUUCAUCCAGAUGAAGUCCGCAGAGAGGGCCUUUAUGACGGCCCAGAAGUGUCACAAGAAGACCAUGAAGGACCGCUACGUGGAGGUGUUCCAGUGCUCCGCCGAGGAGAUGAACAUUGUGUUAAUGGGGGGCACGUUGAACAGGAAUGGCUUGUCCCCACCGCCAUGUAAGUUACGACGCCUCUCUCCCCCAUCCUACUCCUUCCCUCCCCCGACGGCAGUCAUGCCUGCAGACGCCACGGCCCUCUACCAGCCCCAGGUUCUUCUGAACCCCCGCCCCAUGCAGCCUACCCCCGCCUUCUACCCUGCCAGCGCCCAGCUCUUCAUGAACUACACCGCCUAUUACCCCAGCCCCCCUGGUUCACCAAACAACCUGAACUAUUUCCCCUCCCCCGCCAGUGCUCCCACCUUGGGGGCCCAACCCGGGGCCUUGGUCAGGAUGCAUGGUCUGGCCUACAACAAUGGAGUCAAAGAAAUCCUCAACAUAGUCCAAGGCUACCAGAGUCCUCCUGAAUCUAUGGCUCUUGUGAAUAGUCUGUGUGGACAGCCCAGCAGCAGCGAUGCUCUCAUGACCCUCCCAGCUUUACUGUCAGCCAAGCAGCCUCUUCAAGACCGGGGCCACAUGCACCUUGGGGGCCCCUUCCUGGAUCUGCAGCUGCUGUAGGGCAGGUCACAGACACUGAGGUGCCCCCAUCUCCGUAAGCUCUGUGAGAUACUGGAUUACAACCGGAGGACUCUAGUCCCUGGCAAAUGUUCCCACUGGAUUUUAAUGCCAUGCUUAGGUAUGCAAAUCUUAAGUCUUAAAUUUAAGAUGUCUAUUUAUGUAUAAAUAAGAUAUGUAAAAGCAUAAAUGUAUGCAAUGUCUACCAAUUUAAUGUGGCUUUCUGCCAAAUUGCUUUGUUGUAAAUUGCACAGUGUAUUUUUUUAACAUGUUAGAAAAGUUAUUACCAAAGGCAGUGCAUUUAUAUGUGCAAGAAGUGCCGGUUGUCUGUUUUUAAACAUUUUCUUUUGCUUCACAAAUCUUUUUUAGCCUAAUCCUGAGCAAUUGCUCUGUUCAUGCCACGGCUGAUGCUGUGCUCAUUACAUGGCCAUUCAGCAGGUUGGACUGUGAGGAUGUAAAACUUGACAAGAGUUCACACACUGUGUGUGCCAAGUGAGAGAACAAUUCAUACUACUGCUUUAUCCACUGGCUUAAAAGCUGUGACUUAACAACCCCAUCAAAAGUUCUCUUCGUGGUUCGCAAUUUGAUAGCAGCCACUACCUGUUUUGUGCUUCAGCUAUUUUGUUUUAUUUGCCUAUCUGAAGAAUUGGCUCUCAGGAAGGUUUUGUUUGAAACGUGUAAAUAUAAACCUCAACAUUUAUCUAAAAAUACAUUCAUUUUAGUGUUUCUUAAUAUUUCACUUUUUCACAGUAGCCUUUGCCAAUGUAUCAGUUUGUUACCAUGGCUGCUUGUAUCACCUUUAAAUGCCAUAUAUAGCUGUAGAUGGAGGAAUGACAAGAUGCAUUAAAUUCAUUUCUUGUAAUAGCCUCUGAAUACAUGUUGCUGAAGAUUAUUUUUCAACAUUUCUAGCCAAACAUGCAUGUGGUCAUAACCGGUUUUCUGUUGACAGUUGUAGAAGAUGCUAUACUGCAUGAUGAAGUUAAAAAUAAGGGCUAUACUAUAAUAUGUUUACAUACUCUGCCAAAACCAAUGCACUGCUGAAUUCAGAGUUUAUAGAGUAUAUAUUAUCUGACAUACAGAUACGUUUCCGAAUUGAUAUCUCCUCCUACAAAUAAGCACUGGAAGUUAUGGUCAGAGACAUUAGGGACGUGUUGAGUGUAUUUUUGUGCAUGAGGCCUUCUCAGAUUGGUGUAGUUGUCCCAUGUAACUGACCUGCGCCAAUUCGAGAUGUGCUUGAUGUGUGAAAAAAAACAACAAAAAAAAAACAAAGUGUUCCUGAACAAUAUGAAUACAGACCCCGAAUGAGAUGGAUAACUACUGAUUUGGAUGUGCAAGGGGGAAAUAUAAAAUGUUGCUGUGCUGACUUCAAACUUUAACCUUUAAUAGCUGACUGUAGCCUUAGAUUUACUGUGGCUGUAUACCACUCUGGCAUCUUUUUAUUUUAUUUUUAUUUUUUACUUUUCUACUGUAUGUACAGGCAAUAAAUUAAAAUGAGACCUUUUUCCACUUUGAAAUAUUCAGGUCAGGAACAAUAUGUAUCUACAGUAUACUGUAGUUUAAUCAUUUGCAUUGUGAAGUAGCCAUAAAUAAUGUGCAUGUCUAGUUAUUAUAAAUUGUACCUUAAAAUAUUUAGUAAAUAUAUUGUUCAUAAUCACAGGAAUGUACAUAAGCUUUGGUCAGUAUAUUUGAUCAGAGUUGCAUGCAUUUUGAAGUAGAUAGAGCUGUAAUGUUUAGCAAUUGUACAUUUCCUGUAAGGACUACAUUACAAAGAAUGUAGUCGUGUCUGUCAACUGAGUAUCCCUGUCUGGAUAAAUAUUCAGCAAUAAUGGAGAAAAACCAGAACAAUAAUAAUAAUAAAAAAAGUACAUUUUAAAUUUG